AUGCGCACAAGAAAUAAGUCUAAGGAACAAACAACACCAAAUGGAAGAAAAGGACAAGAUGAAAGUGACAAUGAUUCCAAACCUAAGAAGCCUAAUAAAAACACAAAUAACAAUAUAACUGUACAAAGUACAAAUAACAAUGUAACAGAAAAAGUAUUGUCAUCCCCAGUCAGCAAAGAGAAUAAAAAGAAAGUUGCCAAUGGUAAAGUUGAUGUAUCUAAAGUAAAAAAGAGGCUACCCGAUGACACAAAAAUUGAAGGAAUUAUGGAUGGUGAUGUACAAAUGAAAAAGAAAAAGGCUAGUGAUCCUCCUGAAAGUCCUUCGGAGAGUUUAACAAAUGACAGUUUUCCAGCAAUGGAUGAAACAGAAACUGUUGAACCAGAACCAGAAGCUUGUGACUUUAGCUUUAAUAAGACUGACAAGGAAAAUUCGGAACAAAAUAAAGACUCUGAAAUUGAGCAAAUAAUCAAGCCCAUUGAGCAAUUAAAGCCAGAUAUCUGUAAUGAGCUCGCAAAUAAAAGUGAUAAAGAUCCAUUACCACCUAUAUUCAAAGUGGUGUCUGAAAAAGAGGACAGAAACAUACUUGAUUUGAAAACUGAGUCUAGUGGCUCCAAGAAUAUAGAAAAUAUUGAACCAAGACCUCAUACAAUAUUUCCAAAAACUGAACUUAUUAUACCUAAAGUUACCCCAAUGUCUUCAGAGGUUUUGGAGAAAAUUAAGAUUAAAGAGGAAAUAGACGCAGAUGAUCAAUCACUUAAUUUACAAAAAGAUGAUUUCCAGAAAGACCCACUUUCACAUAGUUUUACUGGACUCCCUCUUAACCAACAAAAUAAACCUUUAAAUUUAGAAAACACAAACUUUUUUGUUAAGGACAGUCAUAUUUACAAUCCUAAAUUAAACCACAAUAUUAAGAUUGAAGGAGUGCCUAAUAGUAUUUUCAGCCCUGUUAAUAUUUCAAAAGAAAGUUCUAUAAUUAGAAAUCCAAAAGACUUUGUUAGUGGUAUGCCACAAUUUUCAUAUCCGCCUAACAUUAAUUAUACCAGUGAUCCUAAUAAACACAGCCCUCACAUAAAUCCACUGAAGACUGUUAUUAAACUGGAGCCAAGAGAUGAGACCAGUGACAUGAAAAGUCAGAAUACUCCAGAAAUAUUUACAGCCACUAUAUCUACAGCAAAUAAAGUGGACUCUCCAAACACACCACGACUGGAUAGUUUGCAAAGGAUAAGUCCAUCUCCUACAAAUGCUAGAGGUCCAUCACCAUCACACCUUGAACAUUCAAGUAAUACUAAUACUGAACCUAUAUCUCCUGCUCAUUCUCAAGAGAAUAAAUCACAUGAUGCAGAUAUUGAAGACAAGCAGCCAACUGAUUUGAAAACUCAACCAUCAAAACAAGAUGCACAAAACUCUGGUUUAAGACAACCUAUGUUCCCAACUCCUAUCAGACCUGAGAAUCUUGGAGUUAGACCCACAGAACCAUCAAAUAUUCCUGUAUCAGGGCAAAGUAUGCCCCCACCAUCCCUGAGCCAGCCAUCUAUAACUAGUUUACUGCCACCAGGACCAUUAAUAUCUGUGGGAAGUGGUUCAAAUGUUGGACCAUAUGGGUUUAUGCCUUCACCAAUGUACGGCCAUCCAGGUCAUCCUGGUUUAGAUAAACCAAGCUCGAUGCCACAAAUGAUGCAACAAAUACCACAAAGUCAUGGUCAUCAAGGAAAUAAUAUGAUACCUCCACCAUCAAAUCCAAAUGAUCCAUCGAUGCCACAAGACUUAAAGAUAAAACAAGAAAUACUGGAUGUGCCAGCAAAUCUAUCCACUCAAAAUGUUGCUGAUCCCCUACAAUCACUGAAGGAAGUAAAAGUGCCAGGCUAUCCUAUUGGAAGUGCUAUAGCCCAACACUUAAGCUCGGAAAGAGAUAGAGAAUCAAUGUCAAGUGUUGAAAACAACAGCAGACCUCCGAGCCAACCAACAAAUGAAAACACAAAUAUGGCAAGUGCAUUCCUCGGACCAAGAAUAGAAAGUAUUAAAAAGGAACCAGAUUUUUUACAUCAACCUCAUAUUACUCCAGUAUCGUCGAGUCAAGUCAACAACCGGGCCCACACCCUCACCCAUUCGCUUCUCCUUUACAUCAUCCUCACCAUCCCCUUCUUCAUCCAUCAUCAAUAUUUCAACUUUCAGCAGCAGCAGCUGCUCAUGCUAUGCAUCCUUAUUAUCCUCACCCGCAUCCUGGUUACUCUAUGCCAUACCCAUACCCAUAUGGACCACUUCCACAACCUCAUCCUAUACCUCCUAUGCAUCCCUCUUCAAGUUCAUCAGGUAGACAUGACCCAGGAAAACCGUCUACAA